AUGAUUCCUCCGAGCAGUCACCGGGAGGACCUGGGGCACGAGCUGAAUAAAGAGAAGCAGGGGGGCGGCAGCGCAGAUGGCCCUCCGUCCCCAGCAUCGACCCACAGCCAGGAAUCUAAGCUCCAGAAACUGAAGCGAUCGCUUUCUUUCAAGACCAAAAGUUUACGGAGUAAAAGCGCAGACAACUUCUUCCAAGGGACCAUCGGCGACGGAAAGCUGCCCGAGCUCCCCGCGAGCCGCGGCGGCCAGCCCCGCUUCGGAGCCGGGAGCCUGAGCGCCACGCCCACCAGAGGGCGGCUGCAGCCCCCGGCCCACAGCGGGGCCCACGCCUUCCAGGAUCAUGUCUUCAAGAAGCCCACCUUCUGUGACGCCUGCAGCCACAUGAUCGUAGGGGGCAAUGCCAAGCAGGGUCUGCGCUGCAAAGCAUGCAAGAUGAGCCUUCACCACAAGUGUGCGGACAGCCUGGGACCCCAGCACUGCAUGGGCAAGCUGCCCAAGGGGUUCCGGCGCUACUACAGCUCCCCCUUACUCAUCCAGGAGCAGUUCGGGUGCAUCAGAGAAGUCAUGCCCAUUGCCUGUGGCAACAAGGUGGACCCAGUGUAUGAGGCUCUCCGAUUUGGCACGUCCCUGGCACAGAAAACCAAGAAGGGAAGCUCGGGCAGCGGAUCUAGCUCUCCCAACCGGAACUCUAUCUCAGACCUUGGAGAGGUCCCAGAGGAAGUGCCUGGAGUAUUCUUUGAGCCAAGCAGGAGACGCAGCAACAGUGUGUUCACAUACUCAGAAAAUGGCUCCGAUGAUGUCAGAGAAGACACGAAGACCACAAAUGGACCAGGGCCUCUGCACAAAGACACCACCCAGACCAGCACCUACGUUGCCUUGUACAAAUUUGUCCCCCAGGAGAAUGAAGACCUGGAAAUGAGGCCAGGAGAUGCAGUCACCGUCCUCGAGGACUCCAAUGAAGACUGGUGGAAGGGGAAAAUUCAAGACCGAACUGGGUUUUUUCCCGCCAACUUUGUUCAGCGCGUGCAGCCGGACGAGAAGAUUUUCAAGUGCGUCCAGACCUUCAUUGGCUGCAAAGAACAGGGCCAGAUCACCCUGAAGGAGAACCAGAUCUGUGUGGCCUCAGAAGAAGGACACGAAGGCUUCAUCAAGGUCUGCAGUGGCAGAAAGAAGGGCCUGGUGCCUCUGGACAUCCUGGAAAACAUCUGA